UGAUACAGAAACUUCAUUCAUUCACGAGAACAUAAUCUGCCGAUCUGAGGUUAUGUUGUGACAAUAAAUACAGAAAUGAGAUAUUUGACAACACGUCUAUCGGCAAUCGUUAAACCUGUCCUAGCUAAAUCGCGAUUUAUACACAAAGUCAUGCAAGACGAACCGAAAUUUUUUACUUUACCGGAAAUGGUUAGAGUCCUCGAAGAGUUUGCUCCGCUUAGUUUAGCCGAAAAGUGGGAUAAUGUGGGUUUAUUGAUAGAACCCACCAAACCGAGAAUCGUGAGAUCUGCGCUCGUUGUAAAUGAUCUGACGGAAAAGGUACUGGAGAAUGCCAUCAAUUCAUCAGUUGAUUUGAUAAUAUCGUAUCAUCCGCCAAUAUUUGUUCCUAUGAAGAGAAUUAGCCAAAGCAACUGGAAGGAUCGUAUCGUAGCAAAAUGUUUGGAGAACCAGAUAGCUGUUUACUCUCCUCACACUGCCUGGGAUGCUGUCGAUGGUGGCAUUAACGACUGGUUAUGUUCGGUCAUAACUGGGAAAGGUGUUCAGUUCGACAGUCGUCCUAUUACUCCAAACAUAACCGAUCCGAAUAGGGGUGCUGGUCGUAUCAUUGAAAUGAACCAAUCGAAACCUUUCGAAUCGGUUGUGGAAACCAUUAAAGCCGGAUCGAACCUCAACCAUGUACAAAUUGCCAUCGGAUCGAAUCAAAAUAUGUGUAGCGAAAUUAAAACGAUAGCACUGUGUGCCGGUUCGGGCGCUUCUGGUCUUAAAGGAGUGCCAGCUGAUUUAUACGUUACGGGUGAGAUGUCGCAUCACGAUGUGCUCGAUGCCGUUCACCGUAACAUUAGUGUAGUGUUGAUGAACCACAGCAACUCCGAGCGGGGAUUCUUCGAAGUAUUUCGAUCCGAGUUCUACAAACGAUUUUGCAGUGACUCUAGUGAUCCUAAGUUGACGAAAAUUUUGUUAGAUUCGGUAGACGAUCAGGAUCCUUUAAAAACCUACUGAUAGUUGUCGUGUUGUCGUAUUCAUUAAAAACACAUUUUGAACAGAAGUUUUCGUAUGUAGA